AUGUCUUCGUGGACACCAUCAGCACUGCUGAAGAUAUUGCGAAAAGUGUUAGCGAUGCAAACCACGAGUGAACGCCUUCGGGAACCGUUUCGGGUGACCGGCGAAGUGGUCCAUGGAUUCGGUCGCGGAUCCAAACAGUUAGGUAUUCCCACCGCUAAUAUCGACCCAAAUGUGGUGCAAACCAUCGAUAAUCAGCUCAAGAGUGGUAUUUAUUACGGUUUCUGUCAAUUGGUGUCAACACCGGAGCCGGUGAUCAACGGCGAGACACAUGCGGCCAAUGGUGUGGACAGUACUCCACGACCUCUGAGUCCUAUCUAUGGGAUGGUAUGCAGUCUGGGAUGGAAUCCGCAGUUCAAUAACACCAUCCGUUCCCUCGAAGUCCAUAUUCUGAGCAAAUUCAGCGAUGAUUUCUACGGAUCCACUCUUCGUGUGGCCAUUUGUGGCUACAUUAGAGCCGAACAGAAGUUUGAAUCAUUGGAUCAGUUGAUUGAAUGCAUUCACAACGACAUCAAAGUCACGGAACAAGCGCUCGAAGAUCGCAGCCAAUGGUCGCGUGUAUUAAAUGGCGAGUUCUUCGGUAAUCAAUGA